AUGGUUGUGGGAUUUGAAGUGGUUCCCUGUAACUUCAUGCAUAAUGCUCAGUCGGUGAAGAACACGAAAAUGUAUGACAAAUACCCAUCUCUAAUUAAAUGUGAUCCUACUGUUGUCUCAAUGCCAAUUAAGGAGAAUGAGCCAAUUAUAUUUACCUAUGAGGUCACAUUUGAGGAGAGUGAUAUCAGAUGGCCAUCAAGAUGGGAUGUCUAUUUGAAGAUGGAGGGGUCAAAGGUGCAUUGGUUCUCGAUCAUGAAUUCUCUAAUGGUUAUCAACUUCCUUGCUGGUAUUGUCCUUGUCAUUUUCUUGAGAACUGUGAGGCGGGACCUGACCCGUUAUGAGGAACUCGACAAGGAGGCUCAAGCACAGAUGAAUGAGGAGUUAUCUGGGUGGAAACUUGUUGUAGGGGAUGUUUUCCCUGCCCCAACCAAUGCCUCACUACUGUGUAUUAUGGUUGGAGAUGGAGUUCAGAUCCUUGGAAUGGUAGUUGUGACAAUCUUAUUCGCUGCACUUGGAUUCAUGUCAUCAGCAUCCCGCGGAACUCUUAUUACAGGUAUGCUUAUGAUCUACAUGAUUCUCGGCAUUGCUGCUAGCUAUGUAGCAGUCCGCCUUUGGAGGACUAUUGGAUGUGGCGAUCACAAAGGAUGGUCUUCAGUUGCCUGGAGAGCUGCUUGCUUUUUCCCUGCACCCCACGUUGAAUACUUCGGAGACUGUCCUGUUAGAUGA